GGGGAACGGCACUACAAGCCCCAGCGUGCCGCCCGCGGCUGCUAACGGGCCGCGGAGGGAACCGGGUUAGCGACAGCCUGGGGCUGUCCUUGGCGGCGAAUGGGGGGGGGGGGAGACGCAACCCCAGCGGGCCGUCCUGCCCAAAGGGGAACGGGGCCCCGGGUGAGAGGACGAGGCACCGGGACCAGCGCCGGUUGCCCUAGGCCCGACUGGGGAGCAGCGCUGCGGAUCCCCCCCCCCCCGACCGACCCUCGGUAGCUGGCCCCGGCGAGCAGGGAGCUGUGUUUGCUCCUGGAACGGACCUGCAAGAUGAAGGGGGGCUGGGGAGAGCUGCUUUUCCACCCGCCCUGGCAAAGCAGGGUGGCUGCAGAGAUGAGUGGUUCAUUAACCAAGUUGGCUUAUUAUUCAACUGUGCAGCACAAAGUGGCAAGAGUGAGAUCCUUUGAUCAUUCUGGAAAGGACAUAGAAAAUGAACCUUUGUAUGAAAUAUCGGUUCAGGAGGAGAUUACAGCUCGACUUCACUUCAUUAAAUUUGAAAACACUUAUAUUGAAACCUGCCUAGAUUUCAUCAAAGACCAUCUUGUCAAUACAGAGACAAAAGUCAUCAAAGCUACAGGUGGUGGUGCCUAUAAAUUCAAAGAUCUUAUUGAGAAGAAAUUGGGGUUGAAAGUAGAUAAAGAAGAUGUAAUGACCUGCCUAAUUAAAGGAUGCAACUUCGUGCUAAGGAACAUACCCCAUGAAGUGUUUGCAUACCAGAAAGACUCAGAUACAGAGUUCCGAUUUCAGACAAACCACCCAAAUAUUUUCCCCUAUUUACUGGUGAAUAUUGGCUCUGGGGUUUCUAUAGUGAAGGUAGAAACAGAAGACAAAUUUGAAUGGAUUGGAGGGAGCUCAAUUGGAGGUGGAACCUUCUGGGGUCUUGGAGCACUGCUCACAAAAACAAAGAAAUUUGAUGAAUUGCUGCAGCUUGCUUCAAAGGGACAGCACACAAAUGUAGACAUGCUGGUGAAAGAUGUGUAUGGAGGCGCCUACCAGACCCUGGGGCUAAGUGGAAAUCUGAUAGCUAGCAGCUUUGGGAAAUCUACUACAGCAGAUAAAGAAUUUUCCAAAGAAGAUAUGGCAAAAAGUUUACUACAUAUGAUCAGCAAUGACAUUGGUCAACUCGCCUGCCUCCAUGCCAAACUCCAUAACUUAGAUAAAAUAUAUUUUGGAGGAUUCUUUAUUCGGGGUCACCCUGUUACUAUGCGCACAAUAACCUACAGUAUCAACUUCUUCUCCAAGGGAGAGGUUCAGGCAUUGUUCCUGAGACAUGAAGGCUACCUGGGAGCCAUUGGGGCAUUUUUAAAAGGAGCUGAACAAGACAAUCCAAAUCAGUAUAGCUGGGGAGAGAAUUAUGCUGGGAGUUCUGGUCUUAUGAGCACAUCACCUGAUGUUUACCCUAUGCAGAGAACGAGGAGUGGUACAUUUGACAUGCUUGAAAUGGAUAGGUUGGAGAGACCGCUUGUUAACCUACCACUGCUGAAAGACCCAUCAGCCUAUAUUCCAGACACUGUUGACCUCACGGAUGAUGCCAUGGCCAGAAAAUACUGGCUCACCUGCUUUGAGGAGGCACUGGAUGGGGUGGCAAAGCGUGCUGCAGCCAGUCAGCCAGACUCUGUUGAUGCACUGGAGAGAGCCGAAAAGUUCCGACAGAAAUACUGGAAUAAGCUCCAGACACUCAGGCAGCAGCCUUUUGCGUAUGGCACCUUAACGGUUAGAAGUCUUCUGGAUACAAGGGAACACUGUUUAAACGAGUUCAAUUUUCCGGAUCCCUAUUCAAAGGUAAAGCAGAAAGAAAAUGGCAUAGCCUUAAAAUGUUUUCAAAGCGUAAUCGAAUCUUUGGAUUCAUUAGGCUGGGAGGAGAGGCAGUUUGCUCUGGUGAAAGGACUUCUUGCGGGGAAUGUCUUUGACUGGGGAGCAAAAGCAGUCUCAGAUGUUCUGGAAUCUGAGCCACAAUUUGGAUUUGAAGAAGCCAAGUCAAAACUACAAGAACGUCCCUGGUUAGAAGAUUCCUACAGUCAGUGGCUAGAGCGACUGAAGGAGGGUCCCCCUCAUAAAUGUGCCUUAAUUUUCGCAGAUAACAGUGGAAUAGACAUAAUUUUAGGAGUCUUUCCUUUUGUCAGAGAGCUUCUUUCUAGAGGGACAGAGGUUAUACUGGCUUGUAACUCUGGCCCUGCCCUAAAUGAUGUCACCUACAGUGAAUCCCUGAUUGUUACUGAACGGAUAGCAGCAAUGGAUCCAGUUAUUCAAUCUGCGCUGAGAGAAGAGAAGCUGCUGUUGGUUCAGACAGGUUCAAGUUCUCCGUGUCUAGAUCUAAGCCGUCUGGAUAAAGGUUUGGCUGUGCUGGUCAGAGAACGGAAGACAGACUUGGUUAUCAUUGAAGGCAUGGGGCGUGCCAUCCACACGAAUUACUACGCGGCUUUGAAGUGCGAGAGCCUCAAGCUUGCUGUUAUCAAAAACUCCUGGCUUGCCGAUCGUCUCGGAGGGAAAAUUUUCAGUGUCAUUUUUAAGUAUGAAGUGCCAUGUAAAUGAUACGGAUCUGGUCAGCUGGGUGAACAGGAGCAGCAGAAUGGACUUGCACUAGUUUUACUUUAACUGUAAAGAAUGUAUUUUUAUUACAACAGGGAAAAGAGUUCACAGGAAAUUCCGUAUUUAUAUUGUGCUUUGUGACUUAAAAAGCAACAAUAUGAUUCACUCUAUAGUAUACACACUCAAAUAUAUAUAUGUAUAUCACUCAUUGUUUAUUUUGGUAAGUGUUUAUUUUAAUGCUGCAGUAUUUGUGAUGAAAAGACUUUAUUUUUUUGUUCUGUGAGACAUUCAUAUAGAAAUAUAUUUAAAUGUCAAUGAAACCUUUUUUUAUACAUCUCUGCCUAUUCUGCCAGCGAUGACAUGGCACAUACCAAAUAGUUUUUAAAGUGCUAAGUGAAAUCUGACAUUGCAUUUUCCAUGUCAGCUUUUAAAACUUACCCAAAAUGUUCCGUGCUUUUUGCAGUUAAUUUGAUUGAAGGACUGAUCCACCUUCUAACCUAACAAACAUUGCUUAAGCUGUAUUUAAAAUAGAACUGUCAUGACCUGAGAGCGCAUAGCAGAUAACCAAACAGCACUAGUUUACCAAGGUGUGGAAUAACUCGUAACUCCUAUCGCUUUCACUGUUUGUUGUUGUUAACAGUUGCGUGGGCGGGGAACUUGGCAACUAUACUAAAUUACUUAGCAGUAGCUGGAAGUCCAGUCUCACUAAGUUACCCUCAAAGUGAAUGUGCAGUGCUUUAUUCAGGAACAGCUAGUUUUUUUCCUGUCACAGGGAUGUUAGUUUCUGUUGCCUUCAGGUAUUUAAUGCUGGGACUGAUAAGAAUCAGUCUCUUUGUUCAUGCAGUGCAGUUAAAGCCAUUUCCAAGUAACUGAAUUUGCCUUUCUUUUCCCCUCCAUCAGAUGUGCAGUACAUAAAUGGAGUAAUUUAACCAUGAAUUUGCAAACCAACGUGUGCAUGCAUCAAUCAUUCCAGCUCUGAAAUGAAAAACAGCUUAAUUAGAAAAGUAUUUAAUAUGCAGCUGAGAUUACUGUUCCCCAUGAAUUUCAAAGAUUCUUCUUUGAGAGCCAGAGAAUAAUGCAAAACACUCACUGCCUCACCUUUGCCUGGUUAACUUGUACUUUAAUUGACUGAUUACCAGACUUUGUGCUCUACUACUGUUGGAGUUCAACUAUCAAUCUUCUUCCUAAAUACUUCUUGAUCAGGUUAACUAGGAUAAAACAUCCUCUCUAGCUAAACAGUGAAACUUACCCUAUGCUGGGAAACUGACAAAGGACAAGUCCAUGUCUUUGCAUUUCCUAAGUCUAGUAGUUCCUUAAUUGCCUGGUCUCCCUUUCUCGGGUUUAGGCCACUGCAGAGAAUGCAGUUCAAGUCCUGCAUUUUGGGGGUUUAUGCAACAGUACUGUCGUUUCUGAUUCAGAAAUGACCUUCACAGUGACCAGCAUCUUCUGCUUAGAAGAGGGGGAGAGUACAGUCUGUUUAUAACUAAAAUGUUUAAGAAGCAGUUGUUCUGGAUUAGAACAGUCAGAUGAGAGCUUUAAUUUUUCAAGAUUGUACCUCAUACUGUAAUUAGUAAUCAGAGGCUUCAUAUUAACCUACCCCAAGUCACUUACUCCUACAGGCGUUCGUGUACUUACAUAGUAAACUUCUAAACUAAAUACGGAUCCACCAUCUUAGCCAUCUCAAAUUUGUUUUCCCAAGUUGUUAACCUCCCUUAUUUUUAACAAUUACACUCUAUCCCUUGUCAAUUUAAAUUCUUCCAAGCCACUUAAUUUUCUUCUGUAUCCAGCUCCACCACCAAUCCAGAGGUGUUCUCUGUGUGUGUUUGUAAUUAGAAAACUAACACUCUAGCCUUGCAGAAAAACAUCUUUCUACAUUGAUGUAGUUCCUAUGAAAUACAUAUGGUAUAAACCUAAUACAGGCCCAUUCCUUAAGCAAAAAAUUCUUAAGCAUUAGCCCUCCCUGAAGUCUCCUGGCUUUGUCUUGUAUUUUCUUUUAUACGUAGACGAGUGCACAUUUCUUCUGUAAAAACAGAGCAACAAGAUUUCUGAAAAACAAGAGGGGAGGAAACAAGGGGGUGAGUUGUUCUGUGUCAUGGAAUCCACACGUAAGUGCGCACAACCCAUCUGUUGGAAUGGGUCGAGAACAAGGACCCCAAGGUGCACAUUCAGAUACUAGGGCAGUUUUCAUUUACAUGUGUUUUCCUGCUUGUCAAAUGACUUAAGAACAGCCAUACUUGAGAAUAAACUUGUUAUUGAUGA